AUGAAUUUACUAUUUCUUGGGAAACGUCCGGUAGCAGCAGAAGCAUCACAAAAACUAGUAACGUUAUGUCCAGAAGACACUGAGGUAAUUCAACAGACAAAAGCAAAAGGACUGUUCGCGGGGCCUAGUCAUCAUUGUACCGAGCUGGGGGGCAAACUGUUGGGGUCGAAUCUCUCCCUGGAGAUAAUCAGUCACAAAAAGGCUAAGUCAGCAUCCCACGAAAGCGUACCGAUACCGCAACGCGAGCAUAUGAGCCGAUGUCGUGACCAAAGUCAGGAACACGCGGUACCGAUAUCAGGCACACACGGUACCGAAGUCGAGAACACACGGUACCGAUGUGGGGCACAUGCGGUACCGAAGUCGGGAACACGCGUUACCGAUGUGGGGCACACGCAGUACCGAAGUCGGGAACACGCGGCGCCGAUGUCAUCCUAG